AUGCGCCGCAGCAUCGUCCUAGCUGCUCUAGCUGAAGAACGCGGGAGAUCAAGCUCAGUCGAAGGAUCAUCGUCUAGUUCGAGCCAUCCUGUUGCUGCGCCCAAGAAGGGCUACACUUCUUCUGCGCUGACGGCUCGCACCGCAACCGGUGGCGGUUUUGGUCCACUUUUGGGUCGCAAGCCAUUCAAGGCACCAACAUCCGCCAGCGCCAAGCAGGGAUCAGAUGGAGAGGUGAUUGGAAGACGGAAGAGACAGCGCGUCAACUAUGCUGGUAUGGGCGGAGAGGAAGAUGGUGAUGGCGAGGCUACCUUGGAUGCAGCGUCAGAUGACGAGCGCAAGCCCAAAGGCAAGCCAGGCGUGUUUGGAAAGAACGGAAAGAUGACAUCCUUGGAAGGCGUAUACAAAGGCAUAGACGCUAGAGGCGUUUCUUUGAAUGUAGACAAUCGAAAGUGGGACGUGUUCAAGCCAAAAGAAGGAGCGAUGAAGCAAGCUUUCAAUAUCCCAGUCAUGCGCAAUAAGAAUGGCGAACUCAUCGAGACGAGAUUGACGGGCAUCUCCUUGGGUACUAGAAAGGCGAUCGAAAUCCCACCUCGACCCUUGCACGACCCAAUGGCGGAGCAUGCGAUCGUGCUCUUCGACCCCACCAUCGAUGAUCCUGAGGCAGAGCGAGAAAAGGAAAGACUGAGAAGGGAACGGCUAGCGGCAGAGUCGCUGGCCAAGACAGAGGCAGCAGGUCAACUUGAGGAGAAAGCAGCAGGUCCCACCCCUCACAAAAAACUCGCGGACAUACUGGGCCUGCGCAAGGAAGUGAAGAAAGUAGCUGUCAAGGUGGCUGUCGUGAUCGAUCCGCGUCUUGGCAAGGUGCUUCGACCACAUCAAAUCGAAGGAGUCAAGUUCUUGUAUCGCUGCGCGACGUCGCUGGUAGACGAACAUGCGCAAGGCUCAAUCAUGGCCGACGAGAUGGGUCUGGGCAAGACGCUGCAAUGCAUCACGCUCAUGUGGACGCUUCUCAAGCAGUCUCCAAUCGCAAACAAGCCUACUAUCGAGAAGGCGAUCAUCGCAUGCCCAUCCAGUCUAGUGCGUAACUGGGCAAAUGAGCUGGUCAAGUGGCUCGGAGCUUCAGCGCCGGGAGCCUUUGCUUUGGAUGGAGCCCUCUCGCGCGAAGAGAUGAUUGCGGCUGUCCGUCGCUGGGCGGACGCCAAGGGUCGUUCAAUCGUCCAACCCGGUGAGUCUCAUUCUGUCUCUGCGGGCGCCUUGGUCAAAAGCUGACAUCAUGUGUUUCUGUCUUUCUGGCAGUCAUGAUUGUCUCGUACGAGACGCUACGCAACAUCUCCGACGAGCUUGCAAAUUGCAAUGUGGGACUUCUUCUUGCCGACGAAGGGCACCGCCUGAAGAACGCGGAAAGUCUGACGUAUCAAGAGCUCGACAAGAUUCCGGUCAAGCGACGGGUGAUUCUGACAGGAACACCGGUACAGGUGGGUCUCACAUACGCCACGUACAUGCGGGCGGCGCGGAUCGAAGCUAAUCUUUCACACUCUUUGAACGGCUCAGAACGACUUGACGGAGUACUUUUCUCUCGUCAAGUUCGCCAACCCCGACCUGUUGGGAGGCCGCCUCGAAUUCCGUCGUCACUUUGAGAUGCCUAUCAUCAAAGGCCGCGAUGCGGCAGCGUCUGAGCAAGAACGUCAAGUCGGAGAUGCGAAGCUUGCCGAGCUCACGGGCAUAGUAAGCAAGUUUAUCAUUCGCCGAACAAAUGACCUGCUUUCGAAGUAUUGUGAGUCGGAUCAAGCUCAAGUUAGCGCUGCAUUGUGCUCCGUCACUCACCCGAUCUGGCCUCGCUCUGAUGUUUCAGUGCCCAUCAAGUACGAGCACGUCGUCUUUUGCAAGGUCUCGGAUUUCCAGCUCAAGCUCUACCAGCUGUUUUGCAAGUCGCCAGAAAUUCAAAGCUUGCUCCGUGGCAAAGGCUCGCAACCCCUCAAAGCCAUCUCAAUCUUGCGCAAAUUAUGCAAUCAUCCCGACCUUGUGGACUUGUCGAAUGACUUGGUAGGAAGCGAAAAGUACUUUCCAGAAGGAUAUACGCCUCAUGAUCGGCGGGACGUGCACACUGAGCUCAGCGGCAAGAUGAUGGUCUUGGAGCGAUUCUUGACGACGAUGCGUCAGACUAGCAAAGACAAGGUGGUGUUGAUUUCAAACUUCACGCAGACUCUAGACAUUUUCGAGAAGAUGUGUCGCCUGAACAGGUGGGGCUGCUUUAGGCUAGAUGGGACCAUGGCGAUCAAGAAGCGUCAAAAGUUCGUUGACAGCUUCAACGAUCCGGAAGCGCCGGAGUUCAUCUUCCUCCUCAGCUCCAAGGCUGGUGGGUGCGGCAUCAAUCUGAUCGGAGCCAAUCGCUUGGUGCUCUUCGAUCCCGACUGGAACCCCGCAUCCGACCAGCAGGCGCUGGCUCGUAUUUGGCGAGAUGGACAGAAGAAGACGUGCUUCGUGUACCGAUUCAUAGCGACGGGCUCCAUCGAAGAGAAGAUUCUUCAAAGACAGUCUCACAAAAUGUCGCUGUCGUCCUGCAUGCUCGACGCGCAAGAAGGCGUAGAGAUUGAGCGCCAUUUUUCCUCGGAGGAUUUGCGCGCGCUCUUCAAGUUCAACGAGCACACCCAUUGCGACACGCACGACACUUACAAGUGCAAACGCUGUCGCAAUGGCAAGCAGACGAUCAAAGCUCACGCCAUGCUGUAUGGUGACGCCGCCACGUGAGUUGUGCUACUUCGUUUGCAUCCAGACAUGAAGAUCUUGCUGAAGCACCACUUGUUUGCCUCGCUUUCGCAGGUGGAAUCACUACACCAAGGAUGAGCUGCACAACGUCCAUGAUGAUCUACUGCGAGCCGAAAAGACCCAAGGUGACGAGGUGCGUGUACCUCACCGAGAUGCAGCAUUGGCCAGCGGCUGACUGCAUGAUAUCCGCCCACAGGUCAGCUUCGUCUUUCAAUACUGCUCUCAUUGA